AUUCUAGACAAAUUUCCAAACCAUGCUUAAGAAAAUUAUUAUACUGUUUAAAAGAUUUUGUAGAAUUGCGCAUGUGUCAGUUGCGCGCUAGCCUGCUGCGCAUAUCAGCCUGUUAAAUAUUCAGUUGUGCCGCUUUUUCUCAAGUUUCGCACGUGUUUAAUGUGUAUUCCGGUGAUUUUUAUUAUUGUGAGAGUUUUUUGUUUUAUUGAAAUAUUGAUGAACUGUUGCCGUGUAGAAUCGUACGAGUUUGAAGGCAGUGUAAACAAGCAGUUUACAGAUUUGAGUCCUGUUUCGAGGUCAAAUAUUGUUGAUGUCGGUGCUCCCUGUUUGUUCACAAAUGUAUCUACAAAUAAUGAUAACGAUUUAAGUGAGAAAUUGAUUUCUAUUGUACAAGAAAGUGUACAUUAUAAUGGAUCCUGUUUAGAAAAAGACGUACUUAAUUUCACUUUAGAGCAAAAUGAUAGCAGUUCAAUGCUAAAUGAUUGCCGUUUAGAGCAAACUGAUUGUACUUCAGGAUCUUCAGUCAAAAACACUUCGAAUUGGGUUUUACAACAUUUCUUGGAGAGCAGUGGCGAAGGGAAGGUAAUUCUCAAGGCCUACAUUGAUAACAGAAACUUCCUCAGUGAUCAAUCAAGGACUCUGUUAGUGCAUUUGAUAAUUAGAAGUGAAAAGGAGAAAUUGCUUAAGUACCUCAAAGUAGGAGAACAGAUAGAUGAUUGGAAAAUCGAUAAACGUAAAUUUAAAUUUUUGGCUUCCGAAAUUGUAAAAACUUUUCCAAACGAAGGGGUGGCAGUUUAUUAUUCGCCGUUUCACAUCGAAAACGGAUGUAGAAUUUUAGCAUCAGGCAGGCUUUAUGAUAACUUUAAUUACGAGAAAGCCAAAUUGAGGAAAGCAGGCAUAUUAAAGCCAUCAAAAAAAACUAAGCCGGAGGAAAAAACGUUCAUAAUAUCAGAUUCACAAUCAAGAGAUCUUCGUUGGCUGGAGGAAAACUCUACACCUUGGGACGUUAUUGAGAAGCUUUGGAAAUCAACAUUUUCCGACCGAAGGGAAAUGUUAUUGUCUAAUAAAAAAAGCUUAAACGAGUACCUUGAUUCAAUUAAAGCUUUUAAAGAGCACGAAGGAAGAAAAUUAGUAUUUUAUUUUUUUUUAUUAGAUAUUUUCUUUAAAAAAGUAUCACUGAUUUUCAUUAUUUUAAUGACAACUUUUUUUCAGAUUGAAUUAGACUUCAAGCUGUUGUAUCCGGAUUCGACGAAUCCUUUUCCUCAAUUUUGGAAUGUAGUUAAGCCAAUUUUAGUUCAACAUUUAAAUACAACUAGAAUUGCAGAUGCGAAUGAUAAAAUUCUUUUGUCGUUAUUGUCAGCUCUGGAUUCCUCUUCUCAAGAUGUUAUAUUGUUUUAUUUGUUGCUGUAUGUAAUUCCCUGCGGGAAUUCUUUUGUUCAAGGAAAACGAAAACGAAAGGACCAAAGCAACGAAUUAGCAAAACAGUAUACAAAAUUAAAUACACAGGAAAAACGUGAUACUUACAUGUUGCAUGUCAAGACCGUAAGCGAAUUCCAGCCAACAUUAGACAAAAUACGAGAGAACGCUAACGAAAAAAAGGAAGAUUUUAAACCACUCACAGUUAUUGUUGGCCCAUUGGUAAAAAUUGAAAAAUUUUACGUUGUCUUCAGUAACAUAACCUAUGAAUGUGAUACGUUGCUUAAUGCCUUUCACUUGAGUUUCAUGAGUUUUCAAUCUUUUAACUGUGAGUACCCAAUGUAUUCGAAAUCUAUAUGGCAUUUUAUUCAAAGCGCCCUGUAUGGAAUUAAUAUCACCGGGAAAAGAAUUUCAAACAAACUUAAUGUUCUUAUAGCUCAAACAAAGCAGGCUAUUGAACUUUCGAAAGUGAUAGAAAACUAAGCG